AUGCCGUCCUCUUGGAAGAGAUUACUGAGAGUGUCGCACCGCUCGAGAAAAAAUGGCGAACAUGGCGAGUCAAUACCGACCCGUCAGCCUGAGGAGGACUCUGAGAUACCUGCGGAGGGGAAGACAGAUUCGGCACUAACUAUGGAGGCCCCGUCCCGAAUGAGCCCUCAGACACCUCUUCUAUCAAAUGCAAGUAGUCUCUGGCACGAAGCACAUGCGUUACUGAAAGAAAAAGACGCCAAGCUGGUUGAUGCUUACAAGACAGCUCUCCUUCAAGAAGCCGACGCCGGGCCAAGAGAUGAACUCUCCGAGGCAGAAAUGGAUGAGCGACUGAAAGUGAUUAUUGAAAGUCGACUGAAGGAAAUUGAGAACUCUCGAGUCAAGAUAAAUAUUGCCGGUCGGGAGGUCAACUUGCAGAAAUCAGUUCGCCGCUCCAUUGAGACGGUCUUGUCCGUUAAAGAUUUAGUGACUACUGCAGUUAGUUCAGAGGUUCAUGCGUCUCUAGCGUGGGCUGGUGUCUUAAUUUUACUGAAUCCCAUCGCAAAAGCAGUUAUGCAAAGCGACAAUACGACCGAGGGAUUUGCUAAGAUUUCGGAUCUAUUGGCGCAAUAUAGAGUGAUUGAAGGAUUUGAGAUAGACAAUGAUUCAUCGAGAAAUUUGACUUCGACUGCCUCAGAGGCAAGAAAGCAAUUGAAAAUAUCCCUCAGGGAAAAUUUUGUCAAGCUCUAUGCUGCUAUUCUUGAUUAUCAUAUUCGACUUGCUAAACGCUUCUCACGGUCGGGAUUCUUCCGCGCUUUAGAAGACCUGACAACUACAGAUGAUUGGCAAACCAUGCUUGAGACAAUCAUAACUCUCCAUGACUCCAUCUCCGGCAUUCUGAGGACAAUGCGCCAUGACAUGCUUCAAGGAGUUGACCAUAAGCUGGGAGAGCUGGAGCGAGAAUUGGAAAAGUCUAGGAAGGACAUGGAAGAAAUCAAACAUAAUGCUAAAGUGAGUAGAUGA